GGUCUGGCGUUUUACGAAAAUUCUUUUUUUUACUUUCUGCCUUUGAUUAUUUCUGAUUUUCUAGCCAAUUAUUUCUGUUUCUAGGAUCAUAAACAGAAAAUAGUAUGGCUAUGAAUAAAUAUAUGCAUCCUCGUAAUAUUUAUAAAAUUCCUCCAGAUUUUAAAAAGUUAGCCGACCAGUUUCCACAAUUUUCCAGCAUUUGUCGUUUGGAUGUAACGGGCAAAAUAACCAUUGAUUUUAAAGAUCCACAAGUUCUAAGAGUUUUAACAGCUUGUUUGCUUAAAUCAGAUUUUGAACUAGAUGUUUCGAUACCUGAGGAUCGGCUGGUACCAACACUUCCAUUAAGAUUAAACUAUAUUCUUUGGAUAGAAGAUUUGCUUGAAUCCUUUAACCGAAGUUGUAAUAUAAAAGGCAUUGACAUAGGUACUGGUGCGUGUGCCAUUUAUCCAUUACUGGCUGCAAAAAAAAAUAACUGGCAUAUGAUUGGUACAGAAACUGAUGAUGAAAGUUUAAAAAUAGCUAAUAAAAAUGUAAAACAAAAUAAUUUAGAAGGCCUCAUUGCAUUAAGAAAAAAUCAAUCAAAAUUUACUCUUAAGUAUCUGUUUCUGGAGGAAAAUUUACAAUAUGACUUUUGUAUGUGCAAUCCUCCAUUCUAUGUGAGUUUACAAGAAGUAUGGGAAUCUCGAAGCCCAGCUAGACCUCCACCUAAAAAUGGUUUUACAGGGUCACCACAAGAAUUAGUUACAGAGGGUGGUGAGCUACAAUUUUGUAGACAAAUUCUAGAGGAAAGCCAGGAGUUAAAGGAAAACAUACUAAUAUUUACUACUAUGAUUGGACAUAAGUACAAUUUGAAAGAGUUUCUGAUAGACCUAAAAGCAGAAGGCAUCAAAUACACAACUACAGAGUUUUGUCAAGGCAGAGUUACAAGAUGGGGUGUGGCUUGGUCCUUCCACAGUAGUUGGGAUUUAUCAAAAUUAGUUACUGUUAGAGAUAAAGCCAAGAAAAAGAAUUCUCUAAUAACUUUUGUAAUUCCUAAAGUACCUGACCAAUCUUAUACUAUGGAAAGUGUGAGUAAUAAAUUGAAGAAUAUUUUGGAUGAUUUAAAAAUUCAAUACAAAAUUUUGACUAAAAGGAAAAAUGAACUAUGUUUAAAUAUAAUAGCUUACACAAAUUCGUGGUCACACCAAAGGCGUAAAAGAAGGCUUCAAAAGCAAUUACACAAUGAAUUAAUGAAAAAACCCAAGAAGGGUUGCAUUAUAAAUACCGAUACACCAAUUAUUGAAAAUAAUGGAAUAAUUGAAAGGUCCCUAGAGCACCAAUUAAAAGAUGAUAUACAAAGCAUAGAAGAUUGUUAUCAUAAUGAUGAUUUAAGAGAAAAAAUUGAAGAAAGCAAUAAAGGCAUAAUGUAUGGUACCGUUGAAAAAGGGGCAAAUACUAGUCCUGUGGAUGCUUCCUCAAAUAUAUCAUCUGAAAUAAAAAUAAUAGAAAAUAUUUCAAAGCCCAACCCUGUAUCACAAGCAAUUGUGAAAUUAAAUUGGAAAGAAGACUUAUGUUCACUCUCAAUAGAGUACCUUGGUGGCACAGGAGGUAAAGAAAGUGUUCAUCAAAUACUUCAAUUUAUUAAAAAUAAUUGGAAUAAAUUGUGAAAAUGAUAAUAAAAAAUAUAUAUAUAAGUUCAUGAUUUUCUUACUGAUGACUUGAAGUGCUUGGAUCCUUUUGGUAAGGUCUGGUGGAAAAACCAAUAGUACCCUAUGUAGCGUUAUUCUAAAACAAUCAUAUCUACAAGUACUUUUAUUCAAAGUAACAGUUAUAAAUAAGUUUUGCGUUAAUUACAUCGUAUACGUAACGCAGUCAGCUUUCUGUCAACAUCGUUUACCAAUAUUUAAAAAACUACCAAACAAUCGUCUCGAGUUUGUGUACAAAUACUAAAUUUAGCACUCAUGCUUGGAAGCCUAAAUAGGUCAUAUUAUGAUUGAAAUAUUAUCAAUUCUUCGUCCUAAACAUUUAAAAAAGAAUUAUUGCUGUGCUAAGUGCUAACAUUUUCAUUCACUUUUCGAUCCUCGUAAUAGCAUUAUUAAAUAUAUAGAGUAUAGUGAUAUAGCCUUCCUCCA